AUGAGCAAGCGUGUACUCAGCGGAACGGUGCAAGGCGUCAACUUUCGGAGUUGGACCGAGGACAAGGCAAGAGGACUUGGCCUCACGGGGUAUGUAAGAAACGAGUCUGACGGCACAGUCAUCGGCGAAGCUCAAGGCUCUUCCAGUGCCCUUGAUAAGUUCGUCCAGCACCUAAACAUCGGUCCAAGGAUGGCCAAAGUCGAGAAAGUGAACGAAAAGGACAUGGGAUUGAAGGAUGGUGAAAGCUCUUUCAACCAGAUAAGACGAUGA